UGAACCAAGUGUUCAUUCCACAUCUUGGGGCUUUUUGCAUCUCUCGCUGCAGAAUGUGCUCUCUACUUUUGAAGUGAGUGCAGGUUUUAUAACUCAGCAAAUCUCCGCUUAUUCACUCAGGCAUAUUGCCUCUAAGACAAUCCGACUUUCUGGAUGGAGAAGCGUUGCUGCUGUAGCUGCAAAAUGAGGGCGUUGUGCUUGAACUUUGCCAUCACCUGUCUGUGGCUUCUCCCUUCAGCCGUCCAAGAAACAGCCAAGGUCUUGGAUCUUCAGAGUCAGCAAUGGAGGGAGGAGGAGGCAGGAGGAGAGGAUGCUGUGGGAGCUGCACUGAAGGUCAAGCAUGUCUCCAAAGAUUUACAGAUCAUCUCCACCAAACACAAAACACCUGCUUAUGGCUCUGUCAGCCCUUACGGAUGGCCUCAGAACUUCUCCCAAGCCCUGGACCAGUAUCUGUACCGCACACCUCCAAAAACCAAACCUCCUGCUAAAACAUCCCCAAAGGCCAAGAAGAUCCUGGGCUGGGGAGAUUUUUACUUUAACGUGAAAACAGUGAAGUUCAGCCUCCUAGUGACAGGGAAAAUUGUGGACCACAUCAACGGCACAUUCAGCGUCUACUUCCGCCAUAACUCAUCCCGUCUGGGGAACAUAUCCGUCAGUAUUGUCCCACCCUCUAAAACUGUAGGAUGGGAGGUUCUGGACCCAUCAAUUGAGACUGGUCACACCAAAAACUCAGUCCUGGUUCCAGAGGAGACGUCCCAGUUCCAGAGCCCUCCUCAGUCCACCAGCUCCACCCUUCCUGACCAGCAGAAGCAGCAGCAGGACAUUAUGAUGGUGACAGAACUCAACUGCCGCAUUGAGUACCAGAGAACCAACCGGUCCAAGAAGACCAAGCCCUGCAUGUAUGACCCGGGCCAGACCUGCUACUCAGAAAACACCCAGUCCCAGGCAGCCUGGAUCUGUGCCAAGCCUUUUAAGGUUAUAUGCAUCUUCAUUGCCUUCACCAGCACCGACUACAGGCUGGUGCAGAAAGUUUGUCCGGACCACAACUUUCAGACAGAGCAGAACCAGCAGCACUUUGGAUGACGAAUUCUGCGUAUGAGGCUUAAACUGGGACUUUUCAUACGUCCUUCAAAAUGAUGUUCAGUUUUCAAAAUGAGAUGAACUGUUGUUAAACACAUUUUCAACAUGUCAGUGAGCGCAGCUUGAGCCAAAACCUGUUAAUGUGUUAUAGCAAAUUGUGUUUAUGAUAAUUUUUAAUAUGUGAACUUUGUGUUGUCUGAAUCUACAUUCAACUACCGAAAGCUCCAGGUUGUCUUAAAAAACAAAACAAAACAAAAAAAAAAGGCAGCGAAUUGUUCCAUGAUAUCACUUUGUGUGUAGAGUUUGUGUUUGCUGAGUAUGCAUUAAUAGAAGUGAACACAUUAAUUCUAAAAUUUACUUCCUAAUUGAAAAUGUGAUUUCUUGACUAAAUAAAACAAUAUGGCUGCAUCUUUAGGGACUGAAUCAUCUGUAAUUUUGGAAACAUGAACUGACUUGCUUGAAGUGUUUGUUUUUUACUAUCAAAUUAAUUAUUGUUCAUAUUAGAGGGACUGAUUAUGUCUUCUUCAGAGUUCUCACGUCCUUGGCUUCCUUCCAGUUCUGGUGUUGUUAUUACACUUUGCACCUUGAAAGUUUUCUCCUUUACGAGGUCUCUGCGGUCACAGAUAUAAUUUCUCUGUCAGUAUGGCAGACAUUACUGUGCAUGUGUUCAAUAUUUAAAUAGUUAUUUAUUUUAGGGCUUUUUUUUUAGCUUACACACAGAUCCUCCUGUAUCUGCCUUACAGGUUCUUUUCUCCUGCUCCCAAGAGCAGCUGGAAAAUCACUUAUUAUUACAAACUAGGUCAGCUUGU